GUACAAGGGCGUUGGUAGGUCGUGCCCUGGCCUCCACUACCUACGUACUGCAUUUUCUUUCAGCAAAGUGUCACCACUAUUCAGCUAGCACCAGCACUAGCUUGGGCCAAUACCCAACAUAUUAAGCAGUCCUCCUCCUGCUCCAACAACGCCACACAUCCUACUCCAUUUCGAUAAGGACCCCCAAAGCUCCAGCUCCUGCCGCCUCCCCUCCAAUGGCGGCUGCCGCUGCUGCUUCCACAGGGAACGGGAGCCCGCCGGUGGGUCUGCUGGUGCUCAUGGUGCUGGCAUUGGCGGCCGGGUGGUUCGCGAACGCCGUCCGCCCGCCGCCGCCGACGCCGUGCGGGGCACCGGGCGGGCCUCCGGUGACGGCGCCGAGGGCGCGGAUGCGCGACGGGCGGUUCCUGGCGUACGCCGAGUCCGGCGUGAGCCGGGACGGCGCGCGGUUCAAGGUCGUCUACUCGCACGGCUUCUCCGGCGGCCGCAUGGACUCGCCCCGCGCCUCGCAGGCGCUGCUGGAGGAGCUUGGGGUGUACAUGGUGGCGUUCGACCGCGCCGGCUACGGCGAGAGCGACCCCGACCCUCGCCGGUCGCUCCAGAGCGCGGCGCUCGACAUCAGGGACCUCGCCGACGCGCUGGACCUCGGUGACAAGUUCCACCUCGUCUGCUCCUCCCUCGGCUGCCACGCCGGCUGGGCCUCCGUCAAGUACAUCCCGCACAGGCUGGCCGGGGUGGCGAUGAUGGCGCCGGUGAUCAACUACCGGUGGUCGGGGCUGCCCCGGGGGCUGGCGCGGCAGCUGUACCGGCGGCAGCCGCGGGGCGACCAGUGGUCGCUCCGCGUCGCCUACUACGCGCCGUGGCUGCUGCACUGGUGGAUGAGCCAGCCAUGGCUGCCCACCUCCACCGUCGUCAGCGGCUCCGGCUCCUUCCCCAACGCCCUCGACGAGAAGAACCGCCUCAUGGCCCUCUCCACCGGAAUGUUCCAAAAGAGGGCACAGGCGGCGACGCAGCAGGGGGUGCAGGAGUCCUUCUACCGCGACAUGGCGGUGAUGUUCGGGCGGUGGCCGGAGUUCGAGCCGACGGACCUCGUGGAGGCGCCGCCGUUCCCAGUGCACCUCUUCCAGGGCGACGAGGACGGUGUUGUGCCGGUGCAGCUGCAGCGGCACAUAUGCCACCGGCUAGGCUGGGUCAGCUACCACGAGCUCGCCGGGGUGGGGCACUUCCUGUCGGCGGUGCCGGGGCUCGGAGACAGGAUCAUCAGCACCCUAUUGCCAGGGCCGGCGGGUAAUGAUAACAGCUCGACCGCGGCUGCCGGCGUCCGUGCGUACUGAAACCAAAGAGGACUGAUGACUGAUCUUCACUAGGUAGAGGACUGUAGGAAGCAAUGCUGAAGGAUGUAUAUAGACGCAUUCUAGUGUGUUUGUUCGCUCGUUUCGGCCUGUAUGUAGUCCGUAUUGAAAUAUGUAAAACAUCUUAGAAAUGCAUUUCAUGUGCGGUCAGCUGAACCACUA